AUGACAGAUAUUGGGGGCGGGGGACGGGAGGCGGGGGCAUGUCCCUGCCCCCAUGGGGACCCGUUGCCAUCCCUAGUUGAGAGCGACGGAGCGGGGGUUUUGGGGAAGGUUUACGCCUUCAAGGGAGAGAGCGAUGCAAGAGGUGCGUUCGGCGGAAAGGACGCGAGCAACAAUGAGAAAGGUUCGGAGAAUGGAAGCGUCUUGAAGGGUCUCCACCAAAGUAACGGCAAUGUUCUAGGAAAUAUUUUUUCGCGACAAAGUGGUGGGAGCCAAGGAGGCCAGGGGCUUCAUAGCCUCCGAAUCUCUAGUAGGGGAGAAAAUGGUGGUGGUAUGUGGGAUACAAGUUAUACUACCUUGUCCCAUAAGCUCAGAUCGGUGUGGAGGCUCAAGGGAGGAUAUGCUCUCUUAGAUGUGGGCUUUGAUUAUUUUAUGGUGAAAUUUAACCUUUUAGAGGAUAGAGACAAGGUGCUUCUCGGUGGCCUGUGGAUGAUCGUUGGGCACUAUCUUGUUGUCAAGUCACAGACCCAAGAUUUUCGACCGUGCAAACCUUCCUUUGGAUCAACAAUGGUGUGGAUCUGCAUUGCCGGUCUUCCGAUUUGGUGCUACCAGGGGAAGGCGAUGUUGCGCAUUGCAACUGCUAUAGGAGUCCCAAUCAAAGUUGCAAAAUUAGCAGAACGAGAAAAAUAUGCACGAGCCUGCGUUCACAUCAAUUUCGGAUUUCCAGUGAUCAAGAAACUCUUGGUUGAUAGCUAUGAAUAUGAGGUUGAGUAUGAGAGUCUCGAUUUGAUUUGUGGGAGUUGCUCAUGCUUUGGCCAUGGCACUAAAAAUCGCAAGCACCAAGAAAAAGUGGCGGCACCGAAGGCGGUCUCACAAGACCAUGGGGUUAGCACAAAGGAGGCCUCCAAAGAUGAUCUUACUCUAUCAUCAUCGGUGGUGCCUAAUCCUCCAAAUGCCCAAAUUGAAAAGGAUUUUUUAAUUUGGCAAAAAUCAUAG